UUUGAGCCAACAGAUUCCAUUGGACUCUCACAACCUUCUCUAUCAAACUCAUCCAUCUGAUCCGAUCUACCAUUUUGCUCAGCAUCCUCAACGUUCAAAACAAUCCUACGUCUAUAUUCAUCCAUUGAUCCCAAUAAAAAAUUAAGAGAGAUAGAGAGACCCUUCUCCAUGGCGCCAAGGUGGAAAUGGAAAGGUGCUGAGGCAAAAGCACUUGCAGAACCUGUUUCAGAAACAGUCUCAGAGCUUCAAUCUUCUUUGGCCCAAACAGAGGCUUCAGGCUUCCUCUCAAGUUGUAAUGUACUUCUAUUGGUUGAGGUUGAGCAAGCUGAGCUUUUGGACCGUUGUUGUUUCGGUAAACUUGUUGUUAGUAGCGAGAAAGAUAAGAGAUGGAUUCAGUUAUCUUUUGAAGAAGCUUUCUUUUUGUUCUACAAACUCAACUGCAUCAAGAUCUCUCCUCACGGUCGUUCCCUAGAAGACGAGGUAGAUCUAUGGCGAUCAAUGAGAUCCUUUAAGCCGAAUUUUGCGAUCUUGUACAAGGCUUAUUCGCAUCUUAGAUUAAAGAACUGGAUUGUGAGAUCAGGGUUACAAUAUGGAGUUGAUUUCGUGGUCUAUAGACAUCAUCCAUCUCUUGUCCACUCUGAAUACGCUGUUCUUGUUCAGUCCAUUGGAGAGAAUGACGGGUUAAAGGCGUGGUCCGAUGUUCAUUGCAGUGUUCGCCUAACUGGAAGCGUCGCGAAAACAUUGUUGUUUCUUUACGUUAAUGGACAAGUCAAUACAGAGAACAUGAACCUGCCUUUUUGUUUAGAAGACUACACAGUGGAAGAGCUAACAAUUCGUAGAUGGAGUCCUGAACUUUGCCGUGAAGAUGAAACCAGAACAUGAUUAUGCUUAUGAGUUAAACAGUUGUGUUGUAAUACUCAUUUUUAGAGGAAGAUAUAAAAACAGACUAGAAGUUCUGAUUCCAACAUAAAUAAUAUACAAACACAAAAAAA